GCCGGUAACUUCUGCUUUGAUCACGUGACCACCCCGAGACCGGAAACGGGUCGCUCAGCCGACCGCCCAUCCUUACUCUGAGAACAAACUGGGACAACUCAGGAAGAAGAGUAAACAGCUCGAUGUUUUGUCCAUUGGACAUAUGUAUUUUUAUUUCUACACAUAAAUAUGUCAGCGACAGAACAUGACAGCCCAGAAAACAAGAAGCACUGCGGCCCAGACAGCCACUACGGCUCGACGGAAAGCAGCGGAGAACACGGACCUCCGUGCAGCAACCACACCAACAUCCACAACAACCACGGUUUCCCCGCCACUGUGCCGGGCCAUUUUGUGAGCGCCAGCCAAGGCGAGGAGGACAUUCGCAGGAAGCUGAAGUACUUCUUCAUGAGCCCAUGCGACAAAUACCACGCCAAGGGUCGCAAGCCUUACAAGCUGAUCCUGCAGCUGCUCAAGAUCAUCGUCGUCACUGCUCAGUUGGUGCUGUUCGGCCUCAGCAACCAAGUGGUGGUGACCUUCAAGGAAGAGAACACCAUGACGUUCAAGUACCUCUUCCUCAAAGACUUUGACGAGUCGUCAGACAAUUCUUUUGCCGUGUACACACAAAAGGAUGUCUACGAGCACAUCUUCUAUGCUGUGGACCAGUAUCUGGCCCUGCCAGAGACCACCGUGGGCCGCUACGCGUACGUCUUCGGCGUCGGUGUGAAUGGCAGCGCUUUGUCCCUCUGCCAGCAGUACUACAAGAGGGGCCGCAUCGACCCCGCCAAUGACACGUUCAACAUCGACCCGCUCAUCGUCACAGACUGCGUGGGAGUUAACCCAAUGUCUGCGCCCCAGCCCGCUCCGCUCACCAGCUCCUACAAGAACUUUACACUCAAGUUCCACAAGUUUAUCAACGUCACGAUCGAGUUCCAGCUGAAGGCCAUCAACGUGCAGACCAUCAUCAACAAUGAGAUACCCGACUGCUACACUUUUUAUAUCAAGAUCGUGCUGGACAACAAGGCUCACAGCGGCAAAGUCAAGAUACGACUGGAGAACCAAGCGUUCAUAAAGGAGUGUAAAGACCCCAGCGUGUCCGGGCAGGCUCAGAAUUACACCCGCGUUGCAUUCGAUGUCGCCGUGGCGCUCAUAUGCACGCUGUCGUUGUUGCUGUGCGGGCGUUCCAUACUGCGAGGCGUCAUGCUGCAGCAGGAGUUCGUGCAGUUCUUUAAAGAGAACCUGAACCGCAAAGUGUGUUGGGCCGACCGCCUUGAGUUCAUUAACGGCUGGUACAUCCUCCUUAUCGCCAGCGACAUCCUCACCAUCACCGGAAGCGUCAUCAAGAUCGGCAUCGAGUCCAAGAACAUGUCUUCCUACGAUCUAUGCGGGAUCCUCUUAGGGACCUCCACCCUCUUGGUGUGGGUGGGAGUCAUCCGCUACCUCACCUUCUUCCAGAAGUACAACGUACGCCGCACGGACACUUUUCGUCUUUUGUUAUCCGACUCGCUGCAAAUUGAGAUUAUUCAUCACCGGAUUGUAAUCGUGCAGAUCCUGAUCGUGACCCUUCGGGCGGCCUUCCCCAACGUGAUCCGCUUCUGCUGCUGCGUGGCCGUCAUCUAUCUGGGUUACUGCUUCUGCGGCUGGAUCGUACUGGGACCGUACCACGUCAAGUUCCGCUCGCUGUCCAUGGUGUCGGAAUGCCUCUUCUCGCUCAUCAACGGCGACGACAUGUUCGUGACCUUCUCGGGAAUGCAGGAGAGCAGCGUUCUGGUUUGGCUCUUCAGCCAAGUCUACCUGUACACCUUCAUCUCGCUCUUCAUCUACAUGGUGCUGUCGCUCUUCAUCGCGCUCAUCACCGGAGCCUACGAGGCCAUCAAGCAUCAAAGCCAGGAGCCCUUCCACAUUACAGACCUGCACGCCUUCAUCGCCGAGUGCACCGACGCGCCGAGCUCCGGCAAGUUCAGGGGCGUGGAGACAUCGCCGUGCUCCUUCUUCUGCUGCUGUGACAGGAUGACAACAUACGAGGAUGUCCUGCUGGUGAACUGAGGGGGAACUCGGUUAAAAUUUCAGAACAGCCACUCUGGAACGAGGCCCGCCCCCCCUUUCCCCCCCAACUCCAAUUUUUUUUCUCAGCACUUGACUGACGGAUGAAUCAAUCGGUUGGACCGACAUUCCUGCCAAGGAGGGCACGUGUCAUGAAUUCAUCAGGGACAAUGACGAUAGGGCACAUAUUUAUUUCACCACAAAAGUAGUGCCAGCUCAGUGGGUUUUUGUUUUUUUUUUUUAAUCUGUAUUUAAUUGUUUUUACAUCCAGAAGAAAUUAUUUUGUUCCUGCUAGCUUGUUAGCAAAUUUCAAUUAUCAGGCCAAUCAAUGCACACAAAACUUUGAGGCGGAUCCAGUUUGACUGCGGCCUCGGAGAGGUUGGCCUUAUUAUAGGGUGCACCCGUUUAAGUGUUCUUAUGUUUUGUGGAGCCAGGACCUUCACUUAAGGACCCCGUGCACCCCCCCCUUCCCCCCCGUCCCCCUUCCUUACUUUUUGGAUUUCAAAUAUGGAUCAAGGAAGGAAGAUUACCUCACCGGACCACAACUUGCUGGGUUUUUUUUUUUUGCAUUUAUUCAUCAAAAAGACAAAAACAAUUGUGCAAUGUCGAGUUGGACAGGUCUGUUUAAAAAAAAAAAAAAAUGGACUUCAUGCAUUUUAUCAUUUAAAAAAAAAUACAUAUGAAAACACAAAGCACAUUUCAGGACAAAAACUUAGAGGGGCAAAUUGAGAACCAAACGAAAUUGGAUGAAGUAAAUCCAGUCUCAAAAUUCUAAAUUUUACCUGAGAAGUAAAUUCAGGUGUGUCUAAGUUUAUUAAAAUAUGAUGGGAAAACUCCAUUAAUUUCAGUUGUUUAAUUUAAAAAAAGUCGUGUACUGUAGAUUGACCGUGAAAUAUCCCAUGAUUUAUUUUUUAAAAAAUAAUUGUGAUGCUUGCAGUUUACAAAAAGCUCACACUCACGGUCUAAAAAAAAAUACAACUAUUACACAAUCAAAUAUAAUUUUUAAUGGAGAAAUAGCCUGCUGAACAGCAUUUUGCUAUUUUUAGAAUUAAUCUGAAUAAUGUGGAAUUUUACCUUUUUUUUAAUUGACCACUAAAAUAAAUCCACGUUUCAACAUUAUUGUAAUUUAUUGAAAUGCACCUGCGGUACGAGAAUUUUAAAAUUUUUUGAAUCAAAAGCCCCAAGUCAGAUGCAAAUUAUUAUUAUUUUUUUAAAUCGGAUUUUUUAUUUUUUAUUUUUUUACUUGCCAGUUGAGAAUGUGAGGCUGCAGUUAUAAUUUGCUGCACCAUUUUUUUUCAUAAAGUUUUCUGUAGUAAAUUUUGCAUUCUGUACUCACAGACUAAAAUAAGCACUUGCGAUUUGAUCAUUAUUAUCAAAUAAAGGAACUAUUAUUAAUUAUUUCAACGCAAAAUUCCUUCAGGGAGCAACUUUGUUAAUUUUAGAAAGCCAAGAGGUCAAAAUUUAUAUGGCAAUGUACUGUACAUUAAUGUGGUUCUCCUUGUUAUUUUUAAUUUUUAAAUUUUUUUUUUAAGUCCGCCUUUGUCGUCAUUACGGCUGUUUUCUAUGAUGCUUUGUAUUGCAACUAAAACGCACAAUUGCCGAAAGUGUCUCCCUUUCGUUCAUGAAUUUGUAAUAAAAAGCAAACCAAUGUGAAUUUGAUCCAUAAAUGAUAUACAGUAUAUUAUCUGAAGAUGCCCCAACCCUCAGUGUCAUUUUUGAAAUAGAAAUAUUCCACACUUGAUCACUACUGGAAAAAUGGUAACAAGUGGAAACAUGAAGUAUUGUCUACACAUGUUGCUGAUUAAAGUGUCCUGGAUCAUC